AUGACGGGUCCUACACUGAUCUAUGACAGGCCAUAUGGUAGAAUCUAUAGGUCAAAAGGUGGUGGUGCUGAUGGUACCGGUGGUGGUCAUGCUGGUGCCAGUGGUGGUGCUCAUGCUGGUGGUGCUCGUGCUGGUGGUGCUCGUGCUGGUGGUGCUCGUGCUGGUGGUGCUCUUGCUGGUGGUGCUCGUGCUGGUGGUGCUCGUGCUGGUGGUGCUCGUGCUGGUGGUGCUCUUGCUGGUGGUGCUUGUGCUGGUGGUGCUCGUGCUGGUGGUGCUCGUGCUGGUGGUGCUCGUGCUGGUGGUGCUCGUGCUGGUGGCUGUGGUAUACUCAAAAGCCUCUAUUAA